AUGGCCGCCGGGCCACUGCGGCAAGGCGCUUCUUUGCGCAGCGGUGGCGGGGAGCGCGAGGAGGCGGCGCCGGACUGGGCGUCGCUCCACGUCGAGCUGACGCAGCUCAUCUCGGUGCGGGUUCUUGCCACGGGCGGUUUCCUGGACUACCUCCGUUUCCGCGCGGUCUGCUCCCACUGGCGCGCCGCCGCCGCCUCCCCGCGCGGCCGCACCCUGCUGGACCCGCGCUUCCACCCGCGCCGCUGGAUGCUCUUCCCGGAGAGCUUCGGCCGGUUCCCGGGCCACCGCGCGCUCGGCGGCCACUCCCGCUUCUUCGACUUCUCCGCCGCCGGCCCCAUUGUCCGCGUCCCCCUCCCGGAGCUCAAGGACCACUGCGUCCUCGACUCCCCCGACGGCCUCCUCCUCCUGCAGCACGACGGGGACAAUGCCGUCCGCCUGCUCCACCCGUUCACCCGCGACGUCGCCGAGUUUCCGGAUCUCAAGUGCCUCACCCAUCAGCUGUACGAAAUGGACUACGAGCUCACCGAUGGCUGGUACAAUAAUUUUGCUAGCUGGCUGCAGAACACCGCACGAUACUUGUAUCAGGCCCGCAAGCUUUCUGCUGCUGUCAAUGUCACAGCCACGGGGGCUGUCACGGUGAUGCUAGCCCUUCAUAGCAUCGGGCGUGUGGCAUUUGCGUCGGCUGGUUAUGCUGAAUGGACAAUUAGCAGCUGGAAGAUGAACCAACUGGACAGGGCGCUGUCGUACCAGGGGAAGCUCUAUGUGGUGAAUUGGGAAGAUGGGUUAACACAUGUCUUGCAGAUUGACCCGCCGCAACUGGUACCGCAGUGCAAGGGGGAGGAGGAUUCUUCACCUGUGCUAGCACUGCUUCCUCCAAAGACAAUUGCUACAUGUUCAAGCGAAGAAAUCCACCUACCUUAUCUUGUUGAAUUGGACUCAGAGAUCAUGCUUGUUGGCUACAAUGACAGCUCCUUUUCACACAUAUUAGUUCUCAAGCUUGCUGAUCUUGUCCUGGGUAGGACUGUGCGUGUGAAGAGCAUCGGUGAUCAUAUCCUCUUUGUUGGUGCACGGAGCCUGUGUGUCUCACCCAGUUGGCUGCCUUCAAUUGGCGGCAACUCCAUUGAACAAAGGAUUGAUGUUUUGCUUCAAGAUGGAACCCAAAUGGUGGGCAAUGUCGAGUUUGAGGAAUGGGGGGCACAAAAGCUCUGA